GCUCCCCACUCAUCUCCAGCACAAUGGCCUGCCAAGAGAGCGAGUACCUGGAUGACCAGAAGAAAUGUGUCCCCUGUAGAAAGUGCAUGCCUGGGCAGGAGCUUUCCAAGGUAAAUUGACUGCUCUGUAAGGAAAGGGAGUCAUCUAUCACCAAGGCUUUUACAGUGCUGGAUGAAUCCUCUUCCUGCCUCUCUUCAGAAGGAUGAUCUUAAGUCCCGGAAUGUUGGGAAGAGCUGAGACAUGGACUGCGGUGACGGCAGCGGUGGGGACGCGCAGUGCGUGGCCUGCCCUCCCAGGAAGUUCAAGGACCGCUGGGGACACCACGGCUGCAAGCCCUGCCUGUCCUGCGCCCUCAUCAACCGCCUCCAGAAAUCCAACUGCACGGCGACGGCCGACGCGGUCUGCGGGGAGUGCCUGCCAGGGUUUUACCGGAAAGCACGGAUCAGCGGGCAGCUGGAAUGGGAGUGCAUCCCCUGCACCAAGCAGACGCCCUCCUCUGAACCACAGUGUCGCUCCAGAACUAACCUGGUGAAGAUCGCCAUCCCCACUGUACCACCACAGGACACAGCCCUUCUUGCGCUGACCAGCAGCGCCCUGAUCAUCAUCGUCCUGGUGCUUCUGGCACUCUCCAUCAUCUACUGCAAGCGGUUUUGGAAGAGCCAGUGCCAGCGAGUUUUCCUGAGGACUCAGAACUUCUCGGACCAGCGAGCAAUGUUCCCGACUGCAGCGGCGCCCGGCAGGUUCCUGUGUGAGGAGCAGAUGUCUGGUCCCUGCUGCCUGGGUGUGAAGAACCUCAGCCCUUGCUACAGGCAGGCAGAAGGCCCUGUGGAAGCAGUGCAGUUCAUUUCAGAUGGGGAAGCUGUGGGUCUCCAGCUCCCCUCUCACCAGCCAGAGAUGGACUUGCCACCAGCCGUUGUGAUCAGCACUGCCUCCAAGGCCCAGCUGGCCAGGAGCCUCCUGGAAAGCCAGCCCCUCAUGCGGGCCUCGGGCCAUGGGGACUGCCUGGCCGGGGUCCUGCCGCCCCCCGCCCCAAGGCAGGGUCAGCCGGGCACAGUGGAGGCCCUGGCCCCCCUCUCCUCCUGCGCCUCCGAGUUGCAGCACAAGUGGCCACACGCACCAGUGGAGUGCACCGAGCUGGACCUCCAGAAGUUUUCCUCCCAGGCAGAGUUUGAGGGCAGCGAGCGGCCAGAUGAUGCAGCGAGCCAGGCAGUGAAGAGGAUCCCGGCAGAGAGCAGUGGUGUGGUGCAGGAGGGAGCCCAUCACUUGCCCCCCACCUUCCCAAAUCCCACCGCCGAUAUUUCCCUUGGGGAGCAGCCAGUGGAUGAUGCUCAGAGCCUGGUGACUCAGAUCAGCAGUGCGGCCAAGGGUCUCCUAAUUGCAGAGCUGCCCCAUUCCUUGGUGCAGUCGCUUGCCUUCUUGUUGGACCCUUCCUUGACUGGUGUGAAGAACUUCGGCCACGUGGCACUGGAGCUGGGGCUCGUGCCCCAGCUACUGGGACGGAUCUCAGGGUUUGAGCAGCUUGUCGCGCACUUCACCUACACGGGAGCCGCAGUGACCGUCCCGCUGCUGGCACAGGCGCUGCAGCGGCUCCAGCGCUUCGACGCCUUGCUCCUGCUCUGUGACCACUUCACGCUCAGCCCUGUGACGGACCACCAGCACUAGAGGACGCAGAGGGAUGAGGAAAGCUCCAUGCACUGUUGGUGUGGGAGAGGAUCCAGUGGCCUUCAGUCAUGUAGUGUCCCUGGUGUGCCUGGGGGGAGAGCAUGGAGAUGGUCUUUGCGUCAUGGAAUGGAAGGAUGUGAGGGGUUCUGGGAAGCACAGCUGUGCCUUCUCCCAGCUCUGUGUGGGAGGGCUCGCUCAGGCCCCUCCAGACACUGUUUUUCUCUGGCUGUGACACCCUUGCCUGUUGGUCACUGUGCUACCUGCAAUGCAGUGUUCUGGCUCUGCAUUGAGCCCCAUCCUGCCCCACUCUUACCAUAGGGUCCUUCAGCCAUGGGGCUUGGUCUCCAUGGGCAAUAUCCUCCUAUGGGCCUAGCCAUCGCCUCCCUUCCAUUCCAGCUUUCCUGUCCUUCCUCUUACCUGUGCUGUGCUUUCCUAGGUGCCAGAUGCCACUUUCUCAGUUUGCUUUUUGGUUGUUUCUCUUCCUCCACGCUGGGAUUUCCUCAGCAGAGGAUUUGACCAUGGCUCACGUGCCGGGCUCCACCCUUUGCCUUCCUGUGCCAUCCUGGCACCUUCCCUUUUGUGUCUAUUUGUCCUGACAGGAGUCUCAGACUGAUCCCUAGGAUGAGCUGGUGUACAUCCUUUUCCAGAGGCUGUGGCUGCUGGCCGGGGGCAGGUGCUGGCUCACUCCCAGGUUCUUGACGUGGCCCACAGCCAUCUGCUGCCCAUCGCCUCCAAGGCUUUGCGGUGGCACAGGGCAACAGGGGCAGGGUCACUGCACUGCCUUGCCCUGGGGAGCAGGUGGCAGCUGGGGGCUGAAGCCAUGACUGUGCUCGCAGUCAGUGGUGACAUCCCUGUGCCAGCCACAGCAGGGCCAGCUCCUUUUAAAAUAUUUUUCUUUUUUUUUUUUUUGUUUUCCUGCCAUAAAAUGGCCUGAUUUCUCAUUCCUAGGAGUUGCUACUGGGGAGGGGAGAGCCCUUCUGCUUGUAAUUUCAUUUGUCGUGGUCCUGCUGCCACUGGGUGCCCCAGGUUCAGUUGUCAUGCCCGGGGCUGAGGACUGGAGGUGAUCAGGCUGUUCUCAGUCUGCCCCAGCCACUGGGGCUCUGUCAGUGGCCCUGGACAGGAGUGGUGGCUGCGGGGGCACGUUCCCGUGCGGGGCGCGGCGAUGCGGGGGCGGCUGGGCACGCGGGGCCUGCGGAUGCCGCUCCCGCCGGGGUCACGGGUGGAGCAGCUGCCAGCGGGGCUGCGGCGCGCGCCAGUCGCUGUGGCUCAGUGCCAGGCGGCACCGACAGCGAUGUCCAGUAAGUGUCACCCCAGUUGUCCUGAGACUGAACCGGUGACGCUCUGGCUCAGUUGCUUUGUCCGUCACGGCCGCAGUGGGUCCACUGAGCGCUUGCUGCGGUCCUGCCCAUCACCGGCUGUGGGGCCGAGCCCGUGGAUGGUGGUCGCCAGCAAGCGGCACUGUUACCCUGCCAGCCCCCCUCCGGCUGAGCCCACAGGCUUUGCCUUUAUGUGGCCGCAGUACCUGGAAGAGGCGAGUUCUGGUUCUGGGAAGGCAGCGCUCCCCCCACCCUGUCCCGAGUAUUAAUAGCUGCUGGUGUUUCUUUUUGCUGUUCAGUGCUGUUGGGAAUCGAGCGCACCCAGGAUGUGCUCAGAUAAGCAGAGGCGUUGGCAGUUUCAGCUGGAUGUGGCACUUUCUCUCCCCUGCUGCUUGUUUCUUCCACAGUCAAGGUCAUUUUAUUGCUCUUUACUCCCCAAGACCCAAAGUGCUGGACCUUGUGCCAUCUGGGGCUGGGGUUAGUUGAACUCUUGCUGCACUCUCAGAGCAACCAGCAGUAUUGCUGCAACACAUGAGCCUGAGGCCAGGGAUUUCAUGUUUAAGGUUUCUCUGCUGCAAGGAGAGUGCUGGCAUUAAUCACCUCACAAAAUUCAAUAAACACUUAAUUCCUCUGUGGGCACACUUGGUCACUUCCAGUGGGAAGGUAGAUAACUUUACCCACAGCAUCUGAGUAAGAGCCUUCCUGCAGCUCAGCUCACCAGCUCUGACUUUGAAGUUGGAACUGGUCUGGGGGGCUUGUCCUGCAUGUCCCUGUGUCACUGGUGCCACCAGUGUGAGGUCAUUUGGGGUGCAUAGAGCAGCAGCAGCCAGAUAGGAUGGCAGAGCCAGUGCCCUCCUGUAACAUGACAGCAUCAGGAGCAAAGGAUGGGCAGGAAGGGCUAUUAAAUUAAAACUAUGAAUAACAGGGACAUGUCACAGGUAUGUGCUGCAGGUCCCUCCUUGUGCUGGGCAGCUCUGCUGGUGUGUGGGGGGGCCAGGCUCUGGGCCAGCAGAUGGAGUGAGGCUUUAAUUCUUUAUUUUUCUCAGUUCUAUAAAGAAAUCAACCCCAUUCCAUUCAUAGCAAACUAUUAUUUUUCAGCUGUUUGAUGUCUAAGCAAUAUUAUUUACAGCCAAAACUUACCAUGCCGGGGGUGAUGUGUAGGGUGGUGUGUCCAUGCCAUGUGUGAUGUGUAGGGUGCUGUGUGGCAUGCCGGGUGUGAUGUGUGGGGUACUGUGUGCUGUGCUGGGUGUGAUGUGUAGGGUGCUGUGUGCCGUGCCAGGUGUGAUGUGUGGGGUACUGUGUGCCGUGCCGGGUGUGAUGUGUAGGGUGCUGUGUGCCGUGCCAUGUGUGAUGUGCAGGGUGCUGUGUCCAUGCCAUGUGUGAUAUGUGCCGUGCCAUGUGUGGUGUGUAUGGUGAUGUGCUGGUGCUCAGGGUGAGUGUGUGCUGUGCCACAGCUCCUGCUCCACUGGCGCUGCCCCUCAGGCCUCGGCCAUGCCACUGGAUGUGCUCCCUCGGCACUGGGCUGUCAGGGGCUGGUUUAAGGUCUGUUUUAACUUUUCUCAGUGCCCCCCUCAGAGCCUCACACAUGGUAUCAGUGCAAGUCUCUGUGCUCGCUGCUGCAGCAGGGCUUGACAUCGCACAAGAGCAUUGCAGGACGGGGCUUUUCAGCAGUGAGGCCUCCCCAGCUCCCAGCCAAGGGCUGCCCCCCACUCUCGCUCUGUCCAUGACAGACACCUUCCUUCAGCUGCAGUGACAAAAUCACCUGUGUUUACAAGGGCCAAAAUUUCUACAGGUGGCCUUUAGCCCAUGCCCCUGGGGAUCCUUUGGCCAACCUGCCUCGAACUCAGCUGGAGCCCUCAGGGAAACAUGAGAGCCUGAAAACAGGGAUAAUACUGGGACUUGGACAUCAGAAUUAUGCCUAUCCCUGCAUGAGGAACUGCUUCAGUGGGGAACCAGUGGACUUGAUACUUGACUUUUGCCUUUUAAUAGUAUUUUCAACACAAUACAUGGAAUGUAAGGGAAGGAAAUUCCCGUAGUGCUGGUUCUGUGUCACGGCCUCAGGAAGCUGUUUGUGCCAAGCUGGCGUGGCUCUCGGGGAGGUGAAAGAAAUGAAAUAACUGAUCAUCUAUGCAAAACUUGAGCUGGGGCUGAACAGUGGAACACUCCUGUGCAGUGGGGUUAUUUUUUUACAAGCAACUGGUUUUGGCACCAUUCUUGUCUGGAAGUCUGAUUUGCAGAGGAAUUUGUAUGAUAAGUUUAAAUCCAGCCCUGUUCUGAGAAGCUCUUAAGCAUAGACCUAAAAUAGGCACAUACUUCAGUGCUGUUAAAGUGCUCAUUCCGAUGAACAAUUGGGGAACAACCCUUGGAUGCUGUUCCUGAACAGGGUGCUCAAGAGAGUUGUCUCCUCACCGUGCUCUUACAGGAAUAGGCAAUACUGACAAAGACAUUGUUUUACUGAUCUGGGCACACUUCUUGGAAGAGUCUGCAAGUGUCAGGGGAAGAUGCCCUCUGUGUUGGAUUAUUUUAUACUGCAGACUGGUGCUUUUAAAGAAAAAAAUCACUACAUUUCUGUAGCCAUGGUUUAUCCAGGAUAAUACAUGGUGUUUUUUAUGGUGGAUGUUAUUUUUCCUUAAGGUUACGAAUAGGUUAUUUAUAUUUUUGUAAAUUCUGUGUUGUUACCAUUGUAAUUCUGAUGUAGCAUUGCUCUUGUUGUUCUUGGGGUGUUGUCUGUGUUCAAAUCUAGCAAUAGCUGAAGCUCCUGCCUUCUGUGUUAACGGCGGGGGUUCCCCCACAUUCCUCCAGACCUGGUGCUCUUGAGUGCUGUGUGUUUGUAGUUCAAUAAAUUUUGGAUCCAGAGAUGAUGAUA